UCUCUGCUGCGAAUAAAGAAAAAAAUAUCCUUCCAAGUGACCAUAAGAAACAAAACAAAGUGUGAGAGUGUGUUUGUGGUGAAUUGGUUUGUGUCUCGACUUAAAAAAAAACUUUAUUACAAUUCCGGGUGAUCCAAAAAAAUAUUAAAAAAGAAUAUUUUUUCUAAAAUUUCUUUUUCCAAAAAAGACCCCCCUCAUUUUCACCCCCAUUAACUGUAUUAAAAAAAAGCCGCCAAAAUUCUUACCACAAGCAGUAUGAAUUCAUAUUUUGAGCAAUCUGGCUUUUAUGGCCACCCGCAUCAGGCGACGGGCAUGGGUAUGGGCUCAGCGGCCCAUCACGAUCAAACAGCUACCGCAGCAGCGGCUGCAUACAGAGGCUUCCCGCUAUCAUUGGGUAUGUCACCAUAUGCCAAUCAUCAUCUGCAACGUUCCACCCAAGAUUCACCCUAUGAUGCCAGUAUAACGGCAGCGUGCAAUAAAAUCUAUGAUGGCGCAUACAAACAAGACUGUUUAAAAGGUGUUAAUUCGCUGGGCGAUACAAAUGGCUAUAAGGAUAUAUGGAAUACAAAUGCGAAUGGCGGCGGUGGUGGUAGUGCGGGUGGUGGCGGUGGUGGCGGCGGGGGUAGUGGAUCCGGCGGCAAUGGUAGCGGUGGUGCUGGAAGUGGUGGUGGAGCUGGUGGACAAAAUAGCUCGAUACCAGUUCGGCCAUCGGCGUGUACACCAGAUUCAAGAGUUGGAGGUUAUUUAGAUACAUCGGGUGGUAGUCCGGUUAGCCAUCGUGGUGGUGGAUCGGCUGCAAGUGCUGUUGCAGCGGGUAGUGCAUGGAAUGCGAAUUGUACAAUUUCGGGAGCUGCUGCUGCACAAACUGCAGCAAGUAGUUUACAUCAAGCUAGCAAUCACACAUUUUACCCAUGGAUGGCUAUAGCAGGUAAGAUCAACACCAUACAGCAAGAACUUCAUAACAGUUACAACGGUAAGAGAUACUCAGAAUCUCUUGCGGGCUCAUUACUUCCAGACUGGUUAGGUACAAAUGGCCUCCGAAGACGUGGUAGACAAACCUAUACCCGCUAUCAAACCCUCGAAUUAGAAAAAGAAUUCCACACAAAUCACUAUCUAACCCGGCGACGAAGAAUCGAAAUGGCCCAUGCACUCUGCCUAACAGAACGACAAAUUAAAAUUUGGUUCCAAAAUCGACGAAUGAAAUUGAAAAAAGAAAUUCAAGCUAUUAAAGAAUUAAACGAACAAGAGAAACAAGCCCAAGCACAAAAAGCAGCAGCUGCAGCAGCAGCAGCGGCGCAAGCGCAAAUAUCGGAUCAUAACUAGGAAAAAAUCUUUGUUUUUAAUUAUAAGCAUAAUAAUAGUUAUUACGAUAAACAAUAAAAAUACAAAACAAAAAAAAAAAAUAUUAAAAAUUUACUAUUUAAUUUAGUGUUUUUAUUUUUUCAAUUUUUAU